AUGAAUAGUGAGCGUGAAAUUGAUAGCUACAAUUAUCAUAAACAAUCAAAUUUUGUGUUGUUUAUUUCGUUAACACUGCUUGUGAUCGUCUUCAUAGACUUCGAAAAAACUUCCAAUUCUCUUGCCCACGAGUAUUUAGUGGCAUUUGACAAUCAAACACUUUGUUCGCAAUACGUUGAAUGCAUGACAAAUGCUGGUGGAAAAAUAAACAAAUAUUUAGCAGCAUUAAUGAUAGAAUAUCUCAAAAUUCACAGACAACAAUCAUCUGAGACGAGAGACGGUUUAUGCUUACAUUGUAUGUGUUUGGAUGACUUUGCUAUGUGGAGAAAGAAAUUUUUGAGUGACUCAAAAGCUUCUUUAAUCUUGUUUCGAGACAUGGGCGUGAGAAUGAAGAUUUCGAUGACAAACAAGUCUCAAAACUGUCAGUUGAUGUUUUAG